AUGUCGGCACCGCAAGGAGGAUAUCCUCCGCCUCCGGGCCAGGAAUAUGGCGCGCCUCCCCCGGCCGCGGACCAACCUGGUGGCCCUCCACAAAGCACCGCCCAGGCCAACGCUCCCCCCGCGCCCGGUGGCAGAAAGAAGAGAGCGUACGCAGGGCAAGCGUUUGAAUUCGGUACCGGAGCCAAUGCAGCGCUGGGCGGGCAACUUCCCGGAGGAGGCAGCUACGGAGGAUACCCCGCCCCUCCGCAACCGCAGAAUUUCGCGGCAGCUCCAUAUGCUGGUCAGCCGCCCCAGCCAGCACCAGAAGCGUUCGCUACAGGAGAGCAGAUGGCCAUGGGAGGCUACCAACCUCCAAUGCCUGGGUACCCGACUCCUCCCGCAGCCGCUGUCAGCCAGAUGACACAACAAAUGGGGCAGAUGAGUAUGGGAAGUCAGAUGCCAGGCCGGCCGCCAGCAACUGUUUCAUUUAAUCAGCUUUUUGUUACGGACCUUCUUGCUCAGCCCUUUAAUGUUGCGGAGCUUGAUUACCCACCACCGCCCAUCACUCUUCCGCCAAACACCAGUGUAACCCCCUCUCCAACUGCAAAUUGCCCAUCCAAAUAUGUACGCUCAACUCUUAACGCUGUUCCGACUACCAAUUCGCUUUUAAAGAAGUCCCGGCUCCCUUUCGCGCUUGUCAUCCAGCCUUUUACCUCCCUUCACGACUCCGAAGAGCCGGUACCAAUUGUCUCGGAUCAAAUUAUUUCGAGAUGCCGACGAUGCCGUUCAUAUAUCAAUCCUUUUGUGACGUUCCUCGAUCAAGGGCAUCGCUGGCGCUGCAACAUGUGCAAUCUCACCAAUGAUACCCCUCAGGGCUUUGAUUGGGAUGCAACCACGCAAAGUGCACUCAACAGGUGGGAGAGACCGGAGUUAAACCAUGCUGUUGUGGAGUUUGUUGCGCCCCAGGAGUACAUGGUCCGCCCGCCACAACCCCUGAUAUAUCUUUUCUUGAUCGAUGUCAGCUACGCUUCCGUUACCAGUGGUCUCUUAGCAACGGCUGCACGAUGCAUCAAGGAGAGUCUGGAUAGAAUUCCCAACACAGAUCGCCGCACCAGACUUGGUUUCAUCGCUGUGGAUUCCAGCCUUCAUUACUUCACGAUACCCAGAGACGAUUCAGAAAGCUCGGACCCCAGUAUGCUCGUGGUCAGCGAUUUAGAUGAGCCAUUCCUACCAAUUCCAGGAGACCUUCUUGUUACUCUGGCUGACUGCAGAGACAAUAUUGAAAUCUUCCUUGACAAACUCCAGGGGAUGUUUCAAAAUACACAUAGCUAUGCAUCUGCCAUGGGAUCUGCCCUUCAAGCGGGUUUUCAGCUUGCUGGGCCGGUAGGAGGAAAACUCACCGUUCUCACAGCAUCACUCCCCAACAUUGGUCAAGGCAGCUUAGAAAUGAGAGAAGACAAGAAAGCCCUGGGAACAAGCAAGGAAAACAGCUUGUUACAGACGGCAAACAGCUUCUAUAAGAGUUUUGCCGUCGAAUGCUCGAAGCAGCAAAUUUCGGUGGAUAUGUUCCUAUUCUCCUCCCAAUAUCAAGAUGUCGCUUCGUUGAGUAACCUUCCGAGAUACACUGGUGGACAGACGUACUUUUACCCUGGCUGGAAUGCAGCCAGAAGUGAAGAUGCGAUCAAGUUUGCCAAAGAGUUCUCGGAAUAUCUCUCGUCCGAAAUUGGGCUAGAAGGUGUUCUUCGCGUUCGUGCGACGACAGGGCUGCGUAUGAACACGUUUUACGGCAACUUUUUCAACCGAAGCUCGGAUCUUUGCGCUUUCCCGGCGCUCCCUCGCGACCAGGCUUACGUAGUGGAAGUUGCUAUUGAUGAGACGUUGACCCGAACCGUGAUUUGUCUCCAAACAGCCGUGCUACAUACGACAUGUAACGGCGAACGGAGGAUUAGGGUCUUGACGCUAGCGCUACCCACUGCUGAGCAGCUUGGGGAUGUUUAUGCAUCUGCUGAUCAAACAGCCAUCGCAACAUUCUUUAGCCAUAAAGCAGUGGAGCGAACUCUAGGCGGUGGGCUCGAGCAAGCCCGAGAUGCUCUCCAAGCCAAGAUCAUUGAGGUAUUGUCGGUGUAUAGGAAAGAACUUGCUGGUGGAAGCGUUAGCGGGGGAGGGUUACAGUUUGCAUCGAAUCUUCGCGCAUUGCCAGUUUUGUUCUUGGCUUUAAUGAAAAAUCUUGGACUCCGAAAAUCAGCGCAGAUUCCGAGCGACAUGCGAUCGGCUGCUCUCUGUCUCUUGUCGACACUACCCCUUCCAUUACUCAUUCAAUACAUCUAUCCGAGAAUGUAUUCGCUCCAUGACAUGCCGGACGAUGCGGGCUCGCCAGAUGCAGAAACUGGCGAGAUAAUUCUGCCGCCGCUGCGUAAUCUUUCGUCCGAGCACUUGGUGCCGUAUGGGUUGUACCUUAUCGACGACGGCCAGACCCAGUUCCUGUGGGUUGGCCGCGACGCCGUCCCGCAGCUCAUCGAAGACGUGUUUGGGCUUCCAGACAAGUCCCAGCUCCGUGUUGGAAAACAGUUUCUCCCGGAGCUGGAGAACGACUUCAACGAGCGGGUGCGGGCGGUGAUUCAGAAAAGUCAAGAUGCUAAGAGCCGUGGCGUUGGUAGUAUUGUUGCUCCCCAACUUUAUGUGGUCAAGGAGGAUGGCGAACCGGGGCUUCGGUUGUGGGCACAGUCGAUGUUGGUGGAGGACCGGGCGGACCAGGGUGUUAGCUUGCAACAGUGGAUGGGCAUGUUGCGGGAAAAGGUCACAGAAUUAGAAACAGAGGACAUGGUUCAACCAGCCUCCCAAGGAGGAUCUAGAAAGAUCUCUUUCAAUGUAUCUGAUCAAUACGAUAUCCAGGAUGUCAUUGGCGAGGGAGCUUAUGGCGUAGUCUGCUCUGCUUUGCAUAAGCCGUCUGGCCAAAAAGUCGCAAUAAAAAAGAUAACGCCUUUUGACCAUUCUAUGUUCUGCCUACGGACGCUGCGUGAAAUGAAGCUUCUCCGAUAUUUCAAUCACGAAAAUAUUAUAUCGAUCUUGGAUAUCCAGAAACCAAGAAAUUAUGAUAGCUUUACGGAGGUUUAUCUCAUUCAGGAGCUCAUGGAGACUGAUAUGCACCGUGUCAUCCGCACCCAAGACCUGUCAGAUGACCAUUGCCAGUAUUUCAUUUACCAGACUUUGCGUGCCCUGAAGGCUAUGCAUUCUGCAAACGUCCUUCAUCGUGACUUGAAGCCGUCUAAUUUACUUCUGAAUGCAAACUGUGACUUGAAAGUUUGCGAUUUUGGACUCGCGCGCUCUGCCGCCUCCACUGAUGAUAAUUCUGGAUUUAUGACUGAAUAUGUUGCGACUCGUUGGUAUCGAGCGCCCGAAAUCAUGUUGACUUUUAAGGAGUACACCAAGGCUAUUGACGUCUGGAGUGUUGGAUGCAUUUUGGCAGAAAUGCUGAGUGGAAAGCCGUUGUUCCCGGGCAAGGAUUAUCAUCACCAAUUGACUCUAAUUCUGGAUGUCCUGGGUACCCCAACUAUGGAAGAUUACUAUGGAAUUAAAUCUCGCCGCGCCCGUGAAUACAUACGAUCAUUGCCAUUCAAGAAGAAGAUACCGAUGAAGGCUUUAUUCCCCAAGUCUUCCGAUUUGGCCUUGGAUCUCCUAGAGAAGCUUCUUGCAUUCAAUCCCGUUAAGCGUAUCACCGUCGAAGACGCUUUGCGUCACCCCUAUCUUGAACCAUAUCAUGAUCCUGAAGAUGAACCAACCGCAGAGCCCAUUCCCGAAGAAUUUUUUGAUUUCGAUAAAAAUAAGGACACUUUGAGCAAGGAGCAACUCAAAGUCCUUAUCUACGAAGAAAUAAUGCGAUGA